AUGGAGACUGUCGCUGCCAUAAAGACGCUCAUCCAGCAGCUGGCCGAGUCCACAGACCAGUUUGGGCGUGCGGAAAUCAAUGACGCUCUCCGCGAGCUGCAACACUCGCUGGAGACGCCGUUCGAUACGGUGAUGCGGAUGUCGCUCGAUACGUGUCAAGUCGCCGUGGCCCGCAUUGGCUCGGACCUGGGUCUGUUUAAACAUCUCAGCCAGUGUGCAUCUCCUCAGAGCGCUGAGGAACUAGCCGAUCAUCUCGGUUGUGGGAGGGAACUGAUGUCUCGGCUCCUCCGCUACAUGGCCUCGGUGCGCAUGGUACAACAAACAGACGACAUCAAAUACAUAUCGAGCAACAUCACACAGACGUUGGCCGUCCCCGGGCUCGAAGCAGGAAUGCGACAUGCAUUCGAGAAUCUCUGGCCAGUCCUGAUGGCCCUCCCCGACUUCCUCGCCGAGCGCAAGUAUCCCGACAUCGUGGAUGCCAAAGACACUGCGUUCCAAAAAGCCUUCAACACCGAUCAGGACUGCUUCCACUGGCUAGCAACCCAGCCAACACGAAUUGCGAACUUCAAGGUCCUGCUCACCGACGAGCGCACCCCAAACUUCCUGUCCACGUUCCCACUAGAAAAGGAGCUCGGAUCAUGGUCUGCAGAGCCCGAGAAGGCGCUCUUCGUCGACAUCGGGGGUGGAAUGGGACAUGCAUGCAUCCGACUUCGCGAGAAGUAUCCCAACCAACCAGGCCGCGUGAUUCUCCAGGACCUGCCCCCAGUACUGCAAGCUGCGCAGGCGACGCAGCCCCUGUCAGGGAUUGAAUCGAUGCCACACAAUUUCCAUACUCCACAACCCGUCCAAGGGGCCAAGUUCUACUUUCUCCGUCUCAUUCUGCGCGACUUCCCUGACCACCAGGCACUCGAGAUCCUCCAUAACAUUGUUCCCGCCAUGGAUGCCGAGUCACGCAUUGUGAUUGAUGACGGGGUUCCCCCGGAGAAGGGGGCGCGGUGGGCAGAAACCGGAACGGACAUCUGCAUUAUGAGUGCUCUGGGGUCGAAGGAGCGGACUCAGCGGCAGUGGGAGGAGCUAGCUGCAAAGGCUGGACUGCAGCUACAAGCUCUCUACCAGUACACCUGGCCAGUGGUGAAUGCGGCCAUGGUGUUUAGCCUGCAGUAG